AUGCACCAUCGUUUCGAGUCUUAUCUCGACGUCCUGGACAGCAAGUCUCCGAAGGUUUCGGCCGGAAGUCGAAGCUCUGACCGCAUCACACGCUGGAACACGGCCAAGGAAUUGGGCCGUUCUCGGAAAGCCCGAUCUUCUGAACCUGAGCCUCUUCUCCGAAGAGCUAACACGAUCGCUCAUACACCGGCAACUAGAUCUUCAAGAGAAGAACGAACACUGGAAGAACGUCGAUUGAUCCACCGGGAGCGCAGGACUCUGAAAGAGAGUGGAGAUUACCUUGGCGUCACAGGAAUCAACCCAGUCACAGGAGAACUAGACGUUGAGACACCGUCUACAACCAGCUUCAGCUCUGCUUCCUUGACUCUCGACCAAAAGCUGGAAGCUAGACGCAAGUCGGAGUCUCGACGUACGCGCCGCGGGGCCGAACUCCUCACAGAAGAGGUGACCAAAAAGCUCCAGCAACGAGAAGAGCAAAGGUUUGCCCGGAAAGAUCGGGAAAAGGAGGCCAUACGACAAGCACAGCGCAACGUUCAGUGGCAACGCCAUAGACAGCAGUGGUCUUCUGCCAAAGAGCCUGUACUUAGCCCGAUUGCGCAGUCAAACAAGAGCGUAUCGACUCGCGGUUCUGAAGCGAAAGACGCCCGAUACCUGCCUGAGCAACCAAACGCUCAUCGUUUGGGGAUGGGCCAUACUGAUCCCAAAUCUCAUGUGCCCAAACAUAUCAUCUCGGAAGAAAACGAUGCUGAUUCAUCUGACACUGUGAUACGAACCCCUCAAAGCAGACGAUCAUCCCUGGCAUCCACCGCGGCUCAGGAACUCGGAACAAACGGCCGAAACUUAGGGGGAGAUCGACGACCUACGCAGUUGCCGCUCCCGUUUGGAAACUUGAACUCUCCGCAAAGCAUCAGUGAGAAAAGCCAGCCGGGUCACUUCGCCCUCCCAGCAUCAGUCACCAAAGGUCAAAGCCAGAAGGGCAAAGCCAUGGAAAAGGAGCUACCACCCAUACCUCAAGGACCUCAAAAAACGGUGUCUUUUUUAGGCCAGCGAAGCCCAGAGACAGAGCCGGGAGGCCGGCAAGCUCUCCGGGCCGUUUCCAACCCAAUGGUUCUACGGAAAGCAGACGAUCAGGAUCUGCCGGGAUGCCACAGCAGGGAAUUCUCAAGAAACCUGUCUCUAACCUCGGGCAAAAUCCCCAUCCGCCAUUCGAGGACAGUAUCAGCAAGCGCAAACCUGACGCCUACAAACCUCUUGAGAGAUCAUAUCCUGGGGGAAACAUACCCACACCCAGCCCUGGACUACCAGCAGCAGGCAACACUCAACCGCUGGGAGGCAAGACAACUUAUCCCACUGAUCCGAGAUAUGGAAGCCCUGGACGGCGAGGUGGAAUUGGCAGUAGCGCCACUAGUAGUGGCUUACCGUUCAUUGAUGCAAACUCACGAACUCAACGACCAGCAGGCAGCCAAGACUCGUGGCCCACCAAUCACAGCGAACAUAUCCCCAUUCGAGUCAUUAUUGACAUCCCAGAUCGACCAGAAAAGCUCGCCGCUUCAAGAGAACUUGUUGGCCCGAGAGCAUAUCCAGGCGCUGGAGGACAACCUUUGCAAGGUGACCCAAGAGCCGCCAAUCCCGAAAAGUCUCACCUUCGAGGACCGAGCAACAUCUCCAAGAAGGAUGGAGGUUCGCGAGGACGUGAUAUGCCAGCGGGAAGUGGGAAAGAUGGAGGCUCUAAAGACAAAAACUGCCACCACACCCAUCACCACCAUUAUUGGCUGCGGCCAAGGUCUUUCACAAUCGAGCCUAUGCCAAGAACAACCCAAGAGAAGAGUCAGCGAAAGCUGGAGCAUGUUGCAGAAUCGACGCGUGAGUCGACAGUGCGACGAACAGAUGUCAACGUCAACAGAGGACAUCUCGACCGAAAAAGUGCGGCAUCUAAGGACCGUCAAAAUAAGGACCCAGGCUUUGGCACCAAAAGGAAGCCAAACGCUGACCCUCCAGCAUCGAAACGAUGCGAUCCACAAGGUGGUCGAGAAAUACUCUGCGAGAAAUUUGGCAGACAGCGACAAGCAGGAGAGCCAAGCCGAGGACCCUGUCACACCACACAUGUUCACGUCUACAUCACCCCUAACCGUAUUGGAGCCAGCCACUCAGCAGGGCCAAAGCAAGAUCGCAUCGACGGGGGCGGCGCGGGCCGCAUUGGCCAAUUCGGGCAACAGGACGGCGGAAACUCGGAAACAGAGCCUCUCGGCCAGCGGAACGCCCAGAUCGCUGCCUACCAGCCUCAGGAAGCCUCCUCCCGACUCUGUUCCGAGUAGGAGAUUGCGGAACAAGUUCAAGGUCAUGAGGUUCUCGAACACGAGCCCGUCAAAGUCAACGAACACCGUAGCAGACGGUAUAGAGGCGAUGAGCAGCCGCGAGAGUUCAAAGACGUUUUGUGCCAUGAAAGGGAGAAACGACAAUCUGCAGGAUACACCAACGGAGAGCCAGCAGUUGUCAGCAGCCAGUCAAGCCAGGUUGAAAGCUGGCUGCAGCACGUCAACGACCCUGGUGAACAGCGACUCCGAAGGCGGCGACACCGGAGGUCGUUUGAGAAGAGGCGUGUUGAGUAAGCGUGUGCUAAAGUGCGCCACCGACGGCAAGCAGAUUGCGGGGAGCGUGGCUCGAUGGUAUUGGAAAGUCAUAUCACCUUGCUUUGAUCCGACAUCGCCAGCCAGAAAGCGACUUGAUGUCAACGAGUCAACUUGGACGGACGUUGGGAUGUUUUUCUUUGCGCUGAGCAGCGGAUUCGUGUUAUUGGCGACAGCGGUCCGGAUCGCGCAGGGGAUUGCGUGGGUGAUGCAGAUGGUGCAAGGCUUGCUGGGGGGUUUGAUUGCGAUUCUCGGUUCCUGA